GUGUCGGUGAGGGGAGCGGGACAUGGCCGAGGCGGGGCCGCUGCCGCCCGCGGCGGUGCCCGAGGGAUCGCCCGGCGCCGGGCCACGGAGGAUCCGCGGCGGGAGCCAGGGGUCGCGGCCGCCGGAGCUGCCGCCCGGCGACCCGCGGGAGCUGCUGGAGGAGGUCGAGAUGCAGAUCGGCGACGCCGCCUUCUCUCUGGCAAAGAUCCUGGAGGCGACGUCGGCCGUGUCGGCCCAGGUGGAGGAGCUCGCCACCAAGUGCUCGGAGAACGCCCGGUUCCUCAGAACAUGGCGGGACCUGCUGAGGGAGGGCUACGAGUCCCUGAAGCCCAGCGGCUGACCCUGCACCCGCGGCGGCUCCGCCGGGUCUCGCUGAGCUGCCCGCUUGUGGCGGACUGGAAUGCGGGUUUUUUUUUUUAAACGACUUUCUUGAGGGAGUUCACGUGGAUUUUUGUUUCCCCUCAGCAGCUCCCCGUGAGCCCGGAGUUCUUUCAGAAAUACCUGAUGAUGACUCGUAUGGAUGUUGUAUGUAAGUCACCGACUAAAACAACUUUGUUUAGGGAAUCA